AUGCAUGGUCUGCAUCUCCUUUAUGUAAUAUAUACUGCUUCAACGCCUGCCCAAGAGACACACACCUUUCCAUUGCUCCCAGCAACCUUAUUCUCAACUCGCGGAAAUGAGCAAGGAAGCACCACAACUUUAUUCUCGGCCGGGAAGGCGCACCAUGACGGUUGCCCCGGGUGUUCACAAGUGCAGAGGUUGGAGUUGAACAAGGGGAUCCCGUACAAGGAGUUCUUUUUCGUCGGCGUCACCACUCUUGCUUCCUCUUUACCAAUCACGUUCCUAUUCCCAUUCCUGUAUUUUAUGGUUCGUGAUCUGAAAAUUGCAAGAAGUGAAGAAGAUAUUGGAUACUACGCUGGUUUUCUUGGUGCAGCCUACAUGAUUGGCAGAACUCUUUCCUCGAUUUUCUGGGGUUUAGUUGCAGAUCGGUAUGGAAGGAAGCUGGUCAUUGUGUUUUCACUAUUUUCUGUGGUUAUCCUCAACACAUUGUUUGGCCUGAGUACAAACUUCUUCAUGGCAUUUAUUACAAGAUUUCUUCUAGGUAUUCUGAACGGUUUACUUGCACCAAUGAAGGCCUACUGUAUUGAAGUUUGUCGAACUGAACACCAUGCUCUUGGACUUUCAAUUGUACAUACAGCAUGGGGAAUGGGCCUUGUUAUUGGCCCAGCUCUUGGAGGAUAUCUUGCACAGCCUGCUAAGAAAUACCCAGAAUCCUUUUCUAAACUAUCUGCAUUGGGGAGAUUUCCCUAUCUCUUACCUUCUGUAGCUGUAUCACUAUUUUCUGCAGUUGUUCUAAUAGUGUGUAUUUGGCUGCCGGAGACUAUACAUACACAUAACUGUUGCAAAAGAAAGGUUACUCUACACAAAACCUUGGAGUCCCAUCGUCAAAACUGUGCAGAUUCAACAGAAAACAAGAGUUUGAUCAAUAAUUGGCCAUGGAUGUCAGCUACGAUAUCAUUUUCAAUAUUUGCUCUUCACGACACAGCAUAUGGAGAGGUUAUUUCAUUGUGGGCUGUGAGUGAUGGGUGGUAUGGUGGACUUAGCUUUUCAUCUGAAGAUAUCGGUAAUGUCCUUGCUGUGGCAGGAUUCUUUCAUGAGUGA